AUGGCUAGCACUACCGCGUCGAAGCAGUUCCUCCAGGUUAUCCAGAACCGUCGCACGGUUUACGCUCUAUCGAAGAAGGCUGUACUGCCCGAUGCUGAGCUCAUCAAGUACGUUCAAAGCCUUGUCAAGGAGGCCCCGUCGGCUUUCAACGUCAUGAGCAGCCGUCUGGUUGUUCUCCUUGGCGCUGAGCACGACAAGUACUGGGGUGAGACUGUCCCGGCUGCUCUCCGUGCUGUCGCUGGUGAGGAGGCUGUUGCUGCCUCGAAGGACAAGCUCGCUGGCUUCAAGGCUGGCUACGGUACCAUCCUCUUCUUCGAGGACGAGAAGCUGAUCAAGGGUCAGCAGGAGGCCUUCCCUCAAUACGCCGCUGGCUUCCCCGUGUGGUCGCAGCACGCUUCCGGUAUGGGCCAGAUUUACGUCUGGUCGGGUCUUGAGGCUGUCGGCUACGGUGUUAACCUGCAGCACUACGGCGGUCUCACCGGCGAGACCCUCAAGAAGCAGUACAACCUGCCGGCUUCUUACCUCAUCCAGUCUGAGAUGGUGUUCGGUUACCCCGAGCAGCCCGCUGGUGAGAAGGCCUACCACCCUGACCACGAGCGCGUGAUUGCUUACGGUCACAGCGCUUAA